AUGAAAGAUGUGUGGCUUACUAAUAGUUCAGAACUCAAGUCACAGAGCCUAAUUGCAUCAGACGUGUUCGUGUGCGAGAAAUGGAGAGAGAUGGACCUGGAUGAGGUUGAUCCUCCGCUCCGACCGCGAGUCCGAGACGCCGCUCCGACCGCCACUGCCCUGCAUUUUGCUGCUGCAAAGAUGGUGGAAACCCUUUUUGAAGAUAUAUUUCGAGUUGAAGGACUGAAUCCAGAUGGUAAAAAAUUUGAUAAAGUGACUCGAAUAACGGCGAAGAGUGAUCAGUUUGACAUGUCCAUGGUCCUUGAUAUCAACUCGGACAUCUAUCCUAUGCAUGUCGGAGAGAAAUUCAUGAUGGUAUUAGCAUCCACUCUGAACUUGGAUGGAACGCCAGACAGUGGUUAUUUCAAUCCGGGUAACAGGAAAUCACUCGCAGACAAAUUUGACUAUGUCAUGCAAGGGAAACUGUACAGAAUCUCAGAGGAAAGCUCACACAAACAAGUUAAAGCGGACAUGUAUGUUUCUUUUGGUGGACUUCUUAUGUUGCUUAAAGGGGACCCUUCAAUUGCAGCAAGAUUCGAGCUCGACCAAAGGCUGUUUAUUCUCAUAAGGAAGGUUUGA